UGCAAGCUCACAUCUCGAUUCCACUCAUUUUUAUUUGGUAUUCUGCCAUCAUCUGUAUUCGCCAACUCAACCAAACCAUUGGCGCAACAUCCUGUUGCCACAAAUACGAAAUUGGACUAGACCGCUCAGCUUGGUCGAAAAACUCGCAAUGGGCUCAGAGUGAAGUCCAAUAACAGUUACCUUCAAUUGACUACGUUCUUUUUCUUCUUCAUUUUUGUUUCUUCGUUUCUGGCCCCUGUUUUCGCAGCGAAUAGUCGCGAUCGCCCCUUGCUAGGUACUCCGUACACUUGUCGGUUUCGAGGCGGUCAUACACCACCAAGACCACAUACCCUUUAUUGCUCGACAAUCUGCCGAGAGCCAACCUACACACCUCGACCGGCUCAAAGGUCCAUUGGUACACUCUUCAGUCUUUCAGUCCUUGGAUUUUAUCUAGAGCUUCAACAUGGCGGCCGGUAGCGCUCGCUACGUGCGAUAUCUCUUGAUCGCCUUUUUCGUUCUCGCUGUAUUCUAUUUCGUUUCACACUCUUCUUACGAUGUAAGGCCAGAUCAGUAUCCCGGCGGGAGCGGCGACAUCCAACAGAACCAGCCCGCUGCGCAACAACCUGCCAAGGUUGACACCCCAAAGGUGGACACACCCAAGCUCGAUGAUGCCCCCAAGAAAGAUCAGACCUCCCACAAGCCUGCCGUUGGGAAGGUUGACUCGGGCAAGGCGGCUGAGCACCCGAUGGCUAUGAAGCCCGGCCAGCCCGAAUGGGAGGAUCUCGUGAGCGUAGCACCAGGCCCGCGCAUGAAUGCAACAUUUGUCACGCUUGCCCGUAACUCGGAUAUUUGGGAGAUCGCCGACUCGAUCCGCCAGGUCGAGGAUCGCUUCAACAAGCGCUACAACUACGAUUGGGUCUUCUUGAACGACGCACCUUUUGAUGACGAAUUCAAAACAAUCACCACUUCGCUAGUCUCUGGCAAGACGCACUACGGCGAGAUUCCCAAGGAGCACUGGUCAUUCCCUGAGUGGAUCGAUGAAGAAAAGGCCGCCAAGGUGCGCGAGGACAUGAAGGAGAAGAAGAUCAUCUACGGAGACUCUGUCAGCUAUCGCCACAUGUGCCGCUUCGAAUCGGGUUUCUUCUUUCGCCAGCCACUCAUGAUGAACUACGACUACUAUUGGCGCGUUGAGCCCAGCGUCAAGCUCUUCUGUGACAUCCACUACGACCCUUUCCGUUACAUGAAGGAGAACAAGAAGAAGUACAGCUUCGUCCUGAGCUUGUACGAGUACGUCGAGACGAUCCCGACGCUCUGGGACAGCACCAAGAAGUUUAUGAAGAACCACCCUGAGCACAUUGUGGAGGGCAACACCAUGCAGUUCCUGAGUGACGAUGGCGGCGAGACCUACAACAAGUGCCACUUUUGGUCCAACUUCGAGAUUGGCGACCUGAACUGGCUACGUUCCAAGGCCUACAUUGACUUCUUCGAGUCUCUCGACAAAGACGGUGGUUUCUUUUACGAGCGCUGGGGAGAUGCCCCUGUUCACUCCAUUGCUGCCGGACUUAUGCUCAAGAAGGAAGAGGUUCACUUCUUCAACGACAUUGCCUACUGGCACGUUCCCUUCACACACUGCCCUACUGGCGACAAACUCCGCGAAAAGCUCAAGUGCACAUGCAACCCCAAGGAUAACUUUGACUGGAAGGGCUAUUCUUGUACUUCGCGCUUCUUCGAGGCCAAUGGAAUGGAGAAGCCUGAGGGUUGGGAGAAGCAGACAGACUAGAGGGUGGGGUUUUGAGAAAGCCGUAGAUUAAAACCUCGGCUUGGGGGAUUGCUACGAUAGAUUUCACUUGCAUUGAAUGGGUCGGCCGCUUAGAUGGAUUUUUAAUGGCAUUUAUACUUUUUCUCGGAGAUACAGGCCGGUCGAUCGAUCCAACAAGGAUUUAAAAGCACAAAACUGAGUCACGGGCGCUUGAGGGCACUGGGACACGAGACGUAUUUGGAUGGAAUUUAGAUAUCCGUUGAUAUGGUUCUGAGGGAGACGGACCGUAUACUCACGUUGCAUUUUCCAAAUGGAUCCUAUUCUUCACGGGAUUGAGCCUAAGCAACGUGUUGGAAUACCUGGUGAUAUGUUUUGACAACAUGGUAUUUUGCCCCAAAUUGUUCGAAAUAUAAUACACUGAUGUUCAUUACACAGGCAGGCUGAAUGCCGCAGUACUCUUUUUCGAACUUGGCCUAACAGCAACUUCCGGCCAUUGUUACAUGCUACCCUCACUUAAG